AUGGGCCAUCUACCCAGUAAAGAUACACGACGCAUUAGUUUCGAUAAUAAGUUUGCAAUGAAUUCAGCACUGACUAUUCCGAAACCUACAGAUGAUGAAAUAAACAUCAACACCUUAGAUGGGACCCAAACAAGCGAGUUAAAUUACAAAGAAAAUACCAGAGCCAUAGAGGUCCACGAUGAUGAGCACGACUACUGGGUGCACAGAAUUGAGUAUCUCAAAAAUGAACAUCAUCUUAUAAAUAAAAUUGUAGAGACAGAAUAUGAAAAAACUAUUGAAAAUACAAAAAACUUAUUUGAUCCACCAAAAAUAGCACACGACCGAAUACAAAAAAUCACACCAUGCUUUGAUAGGCGAUCAAAGAUGAUGAAGUGCUAUGAAGACAAUCCUCAUCAACCUUUACUUUGUUCAGCAACAGUACAAGCGUUUACCAAUUGCGUGAUGUCAUGUCAACUAGAAGAAUAA